AUGUUGGAGCCCCAGGGUAUGAGAGGGCCAUUGGACCAGACCAACGCCUACGGCCACUCUCGCUCUCGAACAACAUCCUCCAACGUCUUCCCGAUGCAACUACAGCAUCCCCCAAUGCCCACCCACCUCGCCCAGCCGGGGCAUAACCCCCAGCACUCCCGGCGCUCUCCCUCCGUCAACACCUUCAGCACCGCAUCGAGCAUCCCGCCGCCUGCCGCCUACCGCACCAACUCGAACACCGAACUCCGGCGAUCCAUCUCCAGCCGCUCCGGUGGCAGCCCCCAGCCUUCUGGCUAUGUCGCCCUCCUACGCAAGCAAAAGGCAACGGUAUGGUGCGAUCGAGCCCAGUAUGAGGACCCACGGAUAGCCGCCCAACAGCGGGCUGCAAAGAUGCGCGCCACUCUCGAGGUUACCGGCGGUGCUCGCCCCGGCGCUGGUGGUGCUCCAGGUCGUACUAGCACUGGACUCGGCACCACUGGCAAGGUCUCUGCCAAAAUCCCCAAGAUUCGACACCACGCAAAGACGACGCCUGAUGCCGGCUACGCCAUGGGCGAGAACCACGUCGGCGUUGGAGGAGUGCCCAUGCGCCUGAGCGCUACCGAAGUCGAGGGCGAAAGUAGCGAGGACGAGGACAUGCCUACCAUGGGUCGCCCACAACAUCGCAGGACCGGCAGCAGCGGACGAAGCAGCACCGCUAGUGGCCGCCGGGGGCUCGCCUACAGGACUUCAGGUGGCAUGGGGAGCCAGAGCAGCCGGCGGUGGAGCCCUGGCGAUACCCCUGAGCGGACUGGCAGUAUGGUGGAUGCCAUGCCCGAGGAUAUUGUCGAUGACGCAGCUAGCGGCAAGGCACAAAGUACGAGAAGCGGCAGCAGCGCUGAACGCGCUGACAAUGUCGGAGAGCUCGGAACUGCCCCCAGACUCGCCGCCAACUCUCUCAUGCACUCGGCGCUUACGAGAGAAAAGAGCGUCAAAACCGCAGAAGAGCUUAAGAGGCGCGGAAGCGUCGACGAGCGAACAUCCACCCUUACCUCUGGCCGCCUUUUCAUUGCCAACCCCGAUUAA